CACCUGUUGUUUUGUCUCUGUGCAGCUGCCAGGGUUGAGACAUGGAUUUCCUUACUCUGUUUGCUAUCUACGUCGUGCUGGUGCUGACAUGUAUCGUCCUAGUCUGCAAAUACUCCGGCCAGCAGCAAACUCCCUUUAACACACUGUUCAACUAUAUCGUAAAGGUAUUUGCUCCAAUUACACCAAAAUGGCUCCAGAAAUUUUCACAGUGGACCUUACACAGGCUGUUUCAUCAGAGGAACAACAUGUUCAUCUACCUGCAUAUCCUUCUGGAGGUCGCUGUGUAUGCAGAGUUCACCUAUGAGGUGUUUGGCUUCUGCAGGGAGAUGGACACCACUCUGACCAGCCUGUCUGUGCCUUACAUCCUGCUUGCCAUCAAGAACUUCUUCUUCUACCUCUGCAUCAAGAGAGAUCCAGGCACGGUGACUAAAAGGAAAGUGGCUGGCCAGCUGCACAUCUAUCCGUACGACAGGAGACUGUUUCACCCCGGAGUCUCCUGUCCGACCUGCCAGCUCGUCAAACCGGCUCGCUCCAAACACUGCAGGCUCUGCAACAGGUGUGUCCAACGUUUCGACCAUCACUGUGUCUGGGUGAACAACUGCAUUGGUGCUCUCAACACCCGCUACUUCUUGCUUUACCUCUUCAGCGUCUGUGCCAUGGCAGGCGACAUCGCCCUGCUAACAGCAGACAUGCUGCUUCAUGCCGUACUGCGCUCAGGGCUUCUUGGGGCCAGUUAUAUAGAUGAAUACGGCGAGCAGCAGCCAGCAGGGCCUCUGUUUGUCGUACAGCAUCUGUUCCUGACCUUUCCCAGAAUCGUCUUCAUGUUGGGAUUUCUGGUCUUUGUCUUCUUCCUUCUGGCGGGUUACGCCCUGUUCCAUUCCUACCUGGCUCUCGUCAACCAGACCUCCAACGAGUGGUACAAAAGUCGAGGUUAUUUUUGUCAGCACUGUCACCCAACUUCGACAGCUGACCAUCUCUGCAGCCCGGCACCAGACCACUCUAAGAGAUACUACUACAGCCGAGGGCUUCUCAGAAACCUGGGGGAGAUUUUCUUUCCUCCCCAACCUGUUCAGAAAAAAGACAACUGAAAAAAAAAAUACUGGCCCUUGUGUUAUUAUGCUGCAUUUACUGUCCCUGAGAACUCCUGCUGACUGGAGAAAUAAAGUUUAUGUUAGA